AUGAGUAACACGUCCUCACCAACACUUGAUACUAAGCGUGACCUUAAGUCUCUUCAGACAGGUCGCCCUGUCCCUGGGUAUAAGAAUACACCGGAAUUAAUUAAGGCACAUUUGGCCAAAACAGGUGGCAAGCAAUAUUUUAGGUUCCCGCCCGAGCCCAAUGGCUUUCUGCACAUCGGCCAUGCCAAAAGCAUGAACCUUAAUUUUGGGAACGCUAAAGCCCACAACGGGAAGUGCUACCUUCGCUAUGAUGACACUAACCCCGAGUCCGAGGAGCAGAUCUAUAUCGAUGCCAUUCUGGAGAUGGUGAAGUGGAUGGGCUGGGAGCCGGACUGGGUUACCUUUUCCUCAGACUACUUCGACCAACUGUACGAGUUCGCUAUCCGACUUAUCAAGAAGGGCAAGGCUUACGUUGACCACAGCACGACAGAGCAGGUGAGGCAACAACGGGAGUUGCGUGAAGAAAGCCCCUGGCGUAACCGUCCGGUGGAGGAAAACCUACGACUAUUCAAACACAUGCUCGAAGGCCGGUACAAUGAGGGUGAGGCGGUUCUACGUGUAAAGUGUGACAUGAAAAGUGAUAAUCCCAAUAUGCGCGAUUUCAUCGCCUACCGUGUGAAGUACACAGAGCACCCGCAUGCGAAGGACAAGUGGUGUAUUUAUCCAAGUUAUGACUAUACUCACUGUCUCAUUGACUCGCUUGAGGAUAUAGACUACAGUCUGUGCACUCUGGAAUUCGAGACUCGUCGGGAGAGCUACUUCUGGUUGCUGGAUGAACUUAAUCUUUGGCGUCCGCACGUGUGGGAGUUCAGCCGCCUUAAUGUCACAGGGUCGCUCCUUUCCAAAAGAAAAAUCAACGUGUUGGUGGCGAAAGGAAUAGUGCGAGGGUUUGACGAUCCUCGACUAAUGACGCUUGCAGGAAUGCGGCGACGUGGGUACAAUCCAAGGGCCAUCAAUAAGUUCUGCGAUCUCAUCGGUGUCACUCGUUCCAUGAAUAUUAUACAGAUCGUCAAUCUCGAGAACACCCUCCGCGAAGACUUGGAUGAACGCUGCGAGCGCCGACAGUUGAUCGUUAAUCCCAUUAAGGUGGUUGUGGACAACUGGAGUGGUGAAAUGGAGGUUGAAUGCCCUAAUCAUCCGCAAAAGCCGGAGUUAGGCACACGGAAAGUUAUCUUCACUGACAGCUUCUACAUUGACAAGAGCGACUUCCGACCACUGGAUAAUGACCGAAAGUUCUACGGCCUUGUUCCAGGCCCGCGGGAAGUUGGUUUGAAGUACUGUGGCAUCAUCACUUGUACUGACUUUGAAUGCAAUGAGGAUGGGACUCCUCACAUUAUUCAUGUCAACAUCGACUUUGAAAGAAAGAUCAAACCAAAGACUAACAUCACGUGGGUGAGCACGAAGCAUUGUGUACCUGUGGAGUUCCGUUUAUAUAGCAUGUUACUUAAGGAUGAUCGUGCUGCCGUUGACCCAGAGUUCCUGAUGUACAUUGAUGAAAAUAGCGAGAAAAUUUUACACGGGUUCGCAGAGAAGAGUGUGGAAUCGAUGAAGGUUUUUGAGACGCUCCAGGCUGAACGUUUCGGCUACUUUGUGGUCGACCCUGACACGAAGCCCUCACAUCUAGUGAUGAACCGCAUCCUUGGUUUACGUGAGGACAAACAGAAAACGCAAGUUAAUACUUAUGAGAUAAAUGGCGAUGAAAGUAAAAAGUUAUGCGAUGUAGAACAUAACCUUUAA